CUGUCCACAGCUACUACAGCCAUGGAUAGAGCGUGAGAAGCGUCGCGAGAGGCUAAGAAAAAUAUCUACACCCGAGUCCAAGAAAAGGAGAUGUGCGCCGACUUGGGGCCUCAGUCGUCGGAAUUUUCUUCCCUAUAUCUCAUCUCCUGGCCAAUGAAUCCAUAUCUCAUCAGGCUAGCCGGAGCAGUAGGAGUCCUCUUCCUGCACUUCUUUCCACACCAAGCAUAAACGAGAGCAAUAGAGAGCUAGAGGUCAAUGGAGGCGGUGAGUGCUUCGCACGGUGUGUUGGGUCCCCUGUUGAUGAAGCUCACCGGUUUGCUUGCCGGUGAGUGCGCCCGCCUGAAAGGCGUCCGCCGUGAGAUCCGCUCGCUCAAAGCUGAGCUGACCGGCAUGCAUGCCGCGGUCCACAAGUACACGAUGUUGCAAGAUCCCGACGUCCAGGUGAAGGCGUGGAUAUCCCUUGUGAGGGAGCUGACCUACGAUAUUGAGGAUGUCAUAGACAAGUUCAUCCACCAGCUCGGUGAUGGCGGUCAUCACCAGGUUGGCUUCAAGGAGUUCUUCCACAAGACUGCUCGCCGGCUCAAGACGUUGGGCUCUCGUAGUGGAAUUGCCAACAAGAUCGACAAUCUGAAAAUUCGUCUCAAGGAGGUAAAAGAUUUGAAGAGUAGUUACAAGCUGGAUGAAAUUCCCUGCUGCCCCUUUGAACAUUCAGCCGUGGAUCCCCGCUUGUCUGCUCUUCUUGUUGACGAAGCGCACCUUGUGGGCAUUGAUGGUCCAAAAGAUGAUCUUGCUAGUUGGAUGCUGGAAGAUGAAAGUAGCUCAACCAAGCAUCACAGGGUGCUGUCCAUUGUUGGCUUUGGUGGGUUGGGAAAAACAACACUGGCAAGGGAGGUCUACCGCAAGAUCCAAGGGCAUUUUCAUUGUCAAGCUUUUGUCUCUGUCUCGCAAAAACCUAAUGUAAAGAAAAUUAUGAAGGAUUUAAUCUCCCAAUUGCCUUGCAAGGAAGAUUUUGCGAAAGGAAUCGACACUUGGGAUGAAGCGAAAUGUAUUGUGAAGAUAAAAGAACUCCUACAAGAUAAGAGGUAUCUCAUCGUUAUUGAUGAUAUAUGGUCGAUAUCAGCAUGGAACGCUAUCAAGUAUGCUUUCCCAGAGAAUGAUUUUUCCAGCAGAAUUAUAGCUACUACACGCAUUGUUGAUGUAGCAAGAUCAUGUUGCCUAGAUGGUAAUGGUCGCAUGUAUGAAAUAGAAGCCCUAAGUGAUCUGCACUCUAAAAUAUUGUUUUUCAAAAGAAUAUUUGGUUCGGAGGACCGUUGCCCUGACGUGCUAAAACAAAUUUCGAACAAAAUACUGAAGAAAUGUGGAGGCCUCCCAUUGGCAAUUAUCAGUAUAUCAAGUUUAUUGGCAACGAAGCCAGUGGUCAAAGAUGAGUGGGAGAGGGUCAGAAGGUCUAUUGGUUCUGCAUUGGACAAAAACCGAAGCUUAGAUGGAAUGAAUAACAUAUUAUCCCUUAGUUACAAUGAUCUUUCACCCAAUCUCAAGACCUGCUUGUUAUAUUUAAGUAUAUAUCCUGAGGAUUAUGUGAUUGAGAGAGAUAUUUUAGUGAGGCGAUGGAUAGCAGAAGGCUUCAUCUCUGAAGAGCGCGGACAAAGCAAGCAAGAGGUUGCCGAGAACCACUUCUAUGAGCUAAUAAACAAAAGUAUGGUCCAGCCAAUUGAAAUUGGCUAUGAUGGAAAGGCUCGUGCUUGUCAAGUCCAUGACAUGAUGCUUGAGCUCAUUAUUUCAAAAUCGGUUGAAGAUAAUUUCAUCUCUUUGGCAGGCCAUGGUCAAACUGAUUUGGCAAAGCGUGAUGGUCUUAUUCGGCGACUAUCAGUCCAGCAUAUUGACCAAGAUCUUGCAUCCAUAUUGGCAAAUGAAAAUCUAAGCCAUGUACGAUCUCUGACAGUGAUAGCAUCAACUUGCAUCAAACACUUGCCUAGACUUGUUCAGUUUGAAGCUUUGCGUGUAGUAGAAUUUCAAGAUUGUGAGAAUCUACACGAUUACGAUAUGAACGGUGUAGAUAAGCUAGUCCAGCUGAAGUACCUGAGCUUUAGGGGCACUGACAUGUCGAAGCUACCAUCAGGAAUUGUGAAGCUAUAUGGUCUAGAGACGCUAGAUAUUAGAGAUACACAGAUAGAAGAAUUGCCCACUGGAAUUAUUCAGCUUGUUAAGCUACAACAUCUACUCACUGCAAGAUAUCCCGGUCCUCACGGUGAAAUGAAGUUACCAAAUGGGAUUGGAAAUAUGAGGAAUUUACAGGCGAUCUCGGGAUUUAAUAUUAUCAAGAGUCCAUUACAUGCAGUCGAGGAAUUGGGGAAUCUAAAUCGUUUGAAAGAACUCCAUCUACAGUUGGAUGGUGGAGGAUAUCAGGAAUACAAGAGACAUGAAGAGAUGUUAUUCUCCUCACUGUGCAAGCUUGUCACUUGCAAACUCCAGUCUUUAUGGAUAUACUCUCCGGAUUCAACACCCAUCCAGUUCUUAGAUUCUUGGUCCCCUCUUCCAUAUAACCUCCAAACAUUUUGGAUGACCAGUAGCUACUAUUUACCAAAGAUGCCAAAGUGGAUUGUACCAGCACUCACCAGUCUCUCAAAGCUGAACAUUAAUUUGAUUGAAGCAACAGAGGAGGAUCUGCGGAUGCUGGGAGAGAUGCCGGCCUUACUUUGUGUGAGUAUAACAUUCAAUACCUUCCAAAACGAAAGGCUUACCAUACAAGGCAUUGCAUUUCCGUGUUUGAAGGAAUUAUACCUUAUCUGCUGGGAAAGUGCAAUUUACUUGACGUUUGAAGAAGGAGCACUGCCAAAGCUGGAGAAGCUUGUGGUGCCGUUUUUUGUUUCAGUGGCAGAAGAUUAUGGGUUCUACUUGGGUCUUGGCCACCUCCCAUGUCUCAGAGAUGCCAUGUUUACUCUUUGCAAUUAUGUAGGCACAUCUUCCGUUAGCUGCUCUGCUGCAUCUGCUGCUAUAAGGAACGAGGCAAAUUGCCAUCCCAAUCGUCCCAAGUUAUCUAUCCGGGACCGAGUUGGAAGAAAGCUGCAUUGACGAUGAAGAGAGCUAGCUGUCAGGGAACUGACAUUUGACUACCAAUGCAAGAGUGAAUCUUCUGUUAAACGCAAGUGCAUGAUGGCUUCAUUGAAAUGUCGUGGUAAUGCCUGAACUCUUAAGACAUCACAGAGGAAGUGGUGUUAGUUGCUCUGCCACAUGGUACUAUUUGCUUUUGAGGGAAUAUUGUACGAUCAGAAUUUCUUGCAUUUAUUACUAGUUUUAAGAAUUAUUGUGUGUGUACUUGUGUAAGUUAGUUUGAUCUUAGGUUCCAGAGUUGAAACGUUGUCUUGUCACUCCAAUACUUUGAACUAUUCUACUGUAGCUUGAACUGAUGUGGUGUAAACUGCUUCACCUGGUUUCAGUCUCAGGGAUGUAAGGCAUUCGCAAAAAAAAAGUCUCAGGGAUGUAAGGGUAGUGUGGCAGAUUUGGGAUGUACAGUAGGUAAAUGAUUCAGCAGAAAGUACCCAGCAUUGAACUUCUGGCCAA